AUGCCAGGAGUGACUGGCGAGCCGGCAGGCUUGACGCGCCAAUGCUCUCAUUCGAAUGAUCUCUCCACGCUGAGCCCCUCCUCUGCCCCAUCGGGUCAUAAGCCCUUCUCCUUCAUGCGGUCGUCGUCGUUCUCGUUCAACAAGUCGCAUUCGCAUGCCGAACCUCCCACCAUUCCGGAGUGCGAAAAAGAGCCUAUCUUCGACGAGAUUCGCGAUUGUGACGAAGCGCCCUAUCCGCAGACUCCUCAGCCUAGAAAGUCGCCUACCACCGGCGCGCUAGAUAUUAAACACAAGCCUGAGUACAAGAACUUCAACAACACUGCCAACAAUAACAGAUCGCUCUCAACGUCGCUGCCAUCCGUUGUCCCAUCCAAUCCGCCAAGCUCUCAGAGUAGUACAUCGCCGAUGCCAAUCCCACCGCACAGAAAUAAAUGGCUGAAUAAAUUGGACCCACGCUUCAAUGCCAAGUUAAUGGAGGAACGGCAGAAGACUAUUGAGCGACAGGAGAGAGAAAGAAGAAAAAAGCGAGAGGAUGAUCAGAUGAUUGAAGAUUUGUUAUCCAAGUGGGCGAACUAG